AUGUUGGGGUGUAAGAAGUGCCUGCGCCCUGGAUCCCGGCCGCACCCGUUGUGGACCGCCAAGCAGCGCGGGCUUUGCGCGCUCAACCACAGCCUCCAGGACGCGCUCAACUACGGGCUCUUCCAGCCGCCCUCCCGGGGCCGCGCGGGCAAGUUCCUGGACGAGGAGCGGCUCCUGCAGGAGUACCCGCCGAACCUGGACACGCCCCUGCCCUACCUGGAGUUUCGCUACAAGAGGCGAGUGUAUGCCCAGAACCUCAUCGAUGAUAAGCAGUUUGCCAAGCUUCACACGAAGGCGAACCUGAAGAAGUUCAUGGACUACGUCCAGCUGCACAGCACAGACAAGGUGGCCCGCCUGCUGGACAAGGGGCUAGACCCCAAUUUCCACGACCCUGACUCAGGAGAGUGUCCCCUGAGUCUGGCGGCCCAGCUGGACAACGCCGCGGACCUGCUGAAGGUGCUGAGGAACGGUGGUGCCCACCUGGACUUCCGCACACGCGACGGGCUCACUGCUGUGCACUGUGCCACGCGCCAGCGGAACGCGGCGGCUUUGACGACCCUGCUGGACCUGGGCGCUUCACCUGACUACAAGGACAGCCGUGGCCUGACGCCCUUGUACCACAGCGCCCUGGGGGGCGGGGACGCCCUCUGCUGUGAGCUGCUCCUCCACGACCAUGCUCAGCUGGGGACCACUGAUGAGAAUGGCUGGCAGGAGAUCCACCAGGCCUGCCGCUUUGGGCACGUGCAGCACCUGGAGCACCUGCUGUUCUACGGAGCUGACAUGGGGGCCCAGAAUGCCUCGGGGAACACGGCCCUGCACAUCUGUGCCCUCUACAACCAGGAGAGCUGUGCCCGUGUCCUGCUUUUCCGCGGCGCCAACAAGGAUGUCCGCAAUUACAACAGCCAGACGGCCUUCCAGGUGGCCAUCAUCGCGGGGAACUUUGAACUGGCGGAGGUCAUCAAGACCCACAAAGACUCGGAUGUCGUACCGUUUAGGGAAACCCCCAGCUAUGCCAAGCGGCGGCGGCUGGCUGGCCCCAGUGGCUUGGCCUCCCCACGGCCCCUGCAGCGCUCAGCCAGUGACAUCAACCUGAAGGGCGAGGUGCAGCCGGCAGCCUCCCCGGGACCCACGCUGCGCAGCCUCCCCCACCAGCUGCUGCUCCAGCGGCUGCAGGAGAAAGACCGGGACCGUGAUGGUGACAAAGAGAACGACGUCGGUGGCACUGAAGCAGGCAGGGGCAGCCAGAGCAACAUCAGAAAGAAGGUUCCCCACCCCUGGGCUGAAAGAACAAACUUCUGGGUGUUUCCGUUUUGCAGAGGGUCGUUCCUGCUUGGAGCUCAACUGAAACUCCCCUCAGAAACACGGGAGGACCGGACGAAGCGACUUUUCCGCCACUACACUGUGGGCUCCUAUGACAGCCUCACCUCUCACAGCGAUUAUGUCAUUGAUGACAAGGUGGCCAUCCUGCAGAAACGGGACCACGAGGGCUUUGGGUUCGUGCUUCGGGGGGCCAAAGCAGAGACCCCCAUCGAGGAGUUCACCCCCACACCGGCCUUCCCUGCACUUCAGUACCUCGAGUCUGUGGAUGUGGAGGGCGUGGCCUGGAGGGCCGGGCUGCGCACGGGAGACUUCCUCAUCGAGGUGAACGGGGUGAACGUCGUGAAGGUCGGACAUAAGCAGGUGGUGGCUCUGAUCCGCCAGGGCGGGAACCGUCUCGUCAUGAAGGUUGUGUCGGUGACAAGGAAGCCGGAAGAAGACGGGGCUCGACGCAGAGCCCCGCCGCCCCCCAAGAGGGCCCCCAGCACCACAUUGACCCUGCGUUCCAAGUCCAUGACGGCUGAGCUUGAGGAACUUGAGAAACUAGAUGAGAUCCUGGCGGCCGCCACGGAGCCCGCACUGAGGCCUGACAUCGCGGAUGCUGACUCGAGGGCAGCCACCGUCAAACAGCGGCCCACCAGCCGGAGGAUCACCCCGGCCGAGAUCAGUUCACUGUUUGAGCGCCAGGGCCUCCCAGGCCCAGAGAAGCUGCCAGGCUCCCUGCGGAAGGGGAUUCCACGGACCAAGUCUGUAGGGGAGGAUGAGAAGCUGGCGUCCCUGCUGGAGGGGCGCUUCCCGCGGAGCACGUCGAUGCAAGACUCUGGGCGCGAGGGUCGUGGCAUCCCGCCCCCGCCGCAGACCGCGCCGCCGCCCCCGCCCGCGCCCUAUUAUUUCGACUCAGGGGCGCCCCCCGCCUUCUCGCCGCCGCCCCCGCCGGGCCGGGCGUACGACACGGUGCGCUCCAGCUUCAAACCUGGUCUGGAGGCGCGUCUGGGUGCGGGGGCCGCUGGCCUGUACGAAGCUGGCGCGGCCCUGGGCCCGCUGCCCUACCCGGAGCGGCAGAAGCGCGCGCCAUUCUAAAUCAUCCUUCAGGAUUGGGCCCCCGAGGCGGGAGACGCCCGGCCCCCGCCCGCGGCCACCCCACCGGAGCGCCCUAAGCGCCGGCCCCGGCCGCCAGACCCCGACAGCCCCUACGCCAACCUGGGCGCCUUCAGCGCCAGCCUCUUCACGCCGUCCAAGCCCCAGCGCCGCAAGAGCCCGCUGGUGAAGCAGCUGCAGGUGGAGGAGGCCCAGGAGCGCGCGGGCCUGGCCGUGGGCAGCCCGGGCCCGGGGGGCGGCAGCUUCGCCCGCGACCCCUCCCCGACGCACCGCGGGCCUCGGCCCAGCGGCCUCGACUACAGCCCUGGGGACAGCGGGCUGGCGUUCGGGGGCCCGGCCAAGGACCGGCGGCUGGAGGAGCGGCGCCGCUCCACCGUGUUCCUGUCGGUGGGCGCCAUCGAGGGCAGCCCCCCCAGCGCUGACCUGCCGUCCCUGCAGCCCUCCCGCUCCAUCGACGAGCGGCUCCUGGGGGCCGGGGCCGCCACCGGCCGUGACCUGCUGCUGCCCUCGCCGGUCUCUGCUUUGAAGCCGUUGGUCAGCGGCCCGAGCCUUGGGCCUUCCGGCUCCACCUUCAUCCACCCGCUCACCGGCAAACCCUUGGACCCCAGCUCGCCCCUGGCCCUGGCGCUGGCUGCCCGGGAGCGGGCGCUGGCCUCCCAGACGCCCUCCCGGUCCCCCACUCCUGUGCACAGCCCUGACGCCGAUCGGCCUGGGCCCCUGUUUGUGGAUGUUCAAGCCCGCGACUCCGAGCGAGGAGCCCUGGCUUCCCCGGCCUUCUCUCCGAGGAGCCCCGCCUGGGUUCCGGUGCCUGCGCGCAGGGAGCCCGAGAAGGCGUCCAGGGAGGAGCGGAAGUCACCUGAGGACAAGAAGUCCAUGAUUCUCAGCGUCCUGGACACGUCCCUGCAGCGGCCCGCCGGCCUCAUUGUGGUCCACGCCACCAGCAACGGGCAGGAGCCCAGCGGGCUGGGGGCUGAAGAGGAGCGCGGGCACGCAGGCACCCCGGAGCUGGCCCCUGCACCCACACAGUCAGCCGUGGUGGCAGAGCCCCUGCCCAGCCCACGGGCGCAGCCCCCUGGCAGCGCCCCAAAAGAACCUGGGCCCGGCCAGGGCAGCUCGGAGGAGGAGCCAGAGUUGGUCUUUACUGUGAACCUGCCUCCCGCCCAGCUGUCCUCUAGCGACGAGGAGACCAGAGAGGAACUGGCUCGCAUUGGGCUGGUGCCACCCCCCGAAGAGUUUGCCAACGGGCUCCUUCUGACCACCACACUGCCUGGCCCAGUUCCCUCACCCGCCACGGUGCCAGGCCCGGCCUCAGGGAAGGCGAGUAGUGAGCUGCCCCCCGCCCCUGAGUCUGCAGCUGACUCGGGAGUGGAGGAGGUGGACACGCGCAGUUCCAGCGACCCCCACCUGGAGACCACGAGCACCAUCUCCACGGUGUCCAGCAUGUCCACCCUGAGCUCCGAGAGCGGGGAGCUCACUGACACCCACACCUCCUUCGCUGAUGGACACACUUUUCUACUCGAGAAGCCACCAGUGCCUCCCAAGCCCAAGCUCAAGUCCCCGCUGGGGAAGGGGCCGGUGACCUUCAGGGACCCUCUGCUGAAGCAGUCCUCGGACAGUGAGCUCAUGGCCCAGCAGCACCAUGCCGCCUCCGCCGGGCUGGCCUCUGCUGCUGGGCCUGCUCGCCCUCGCUACCUCUUCCAGAGAAGGUCCAAGCUGUGGGGGGACCCCAUGGAGAGCCGGGGGCUCCCCGGGCCCGAAGAUGACAAACCAACUGUGAUCAGUGAGCUCAGCUCCCGCCUGCAGCAGCUGAACAAAGACACACGCUCCCUGGGGGAGGAGCCGGCUGGUGGCCUGGGCGGCCUGCUGGACCCUUCUAAGAAGUCGCCCAUCGCGGCAGCUCGGUGAGCAGGGCAGCUGGGGAGGGUCCUGUCCCAUGUCCACGGGCCUCCCUGUCUGCCUCUUGUCCAUCAUGGUUCCAUCUGUCCCACCCCUGCCUGUCCUCCUGUCUACCUCUCUGUCCUUCAUCUGGCCUUGCUUCAUCUGUCUGAGGCAAGAGGCGCUCUCAGGGGAUCUGAAGUGUCGGGGCUGCUGCUCUCCCCACCCCUUUGGUGCUGAGAGUGGGAGCAGGGUAGCCGUCGGAGGUCCAGGCUGGGGGUGAGCCCCCGCUCCACAACUCUCCUGGAGGCUCCCGCCUGGGGGUCCUGCAGCUCUCCCUCACCCUGGACCAAAGCGGCUCUGCUGUUAAGUGGCAUCUGUGGCCCAGUCCAGAGUCGCACCUCCCUGCCCUGUUUGGCUUCCCUCUGGCCCUGGGUCCCCCCCUCCCCCCGCCCCCCGUGGCCACGUGGCUGCCAUGAGGCCGGGACGCCUUCAUGUAGCUUGUGUCUUGCCUCGUGUCCUUUUCCUUGGGGCACCCACACCAACUUUUUGUUUUCUGUCCCAGAAACAUUUCUGUCUCUCAGCACCACCUCGGAGUCUCUUAGACAGACUGUGGAGUUUUGAAGGUGCAUGGAGAAGCCGCCCUUAUAUGGAAGCCACUCCAUCUCCCUGCUCCCUUCAUCUGGCCUCUUGCCUUCUCUGACCUUCCCCGUCCCUCUGUCUGUCUUAGUUUCCCACCUCCUGCUCAAGGUGGGAACUUGAAGGGGCCAUCCUUUGCCCUGGUUGGGUUUUCCCCCCAUGGAGACCCCUGUGGCUCCUUGGGUGCUGGUCUGAGGCAGAGCUGGUCACUGGUUGACCCUUCUUUGCCCCUAAGGACCCCCCACUUCUUGUUACCUUGACCAAAUGUAGCCAGCCUUUUCCUGUCCACUUGGAAGGCAGAGUUCACAAAGCAGUGAGGGUUCAGGUGUCACUCACAAGGGCUUGUCUUAUCUGUCUUCUUCCAAUUCAGGAUUCAAAGGAUAAGUGGGGGUUUGGGAAGCUCUCAGUGCCGGGCAGAGAUCCAAGAGUGUGGCCCCGCUCCUGUCACCCCAGGGGCUUGCUCUGGGACCUUCUUCCCGUUUGUCCUCUUCCAUCUCCCAGUGGCAUGUGAAAGCCCCCUUCCUGGCAGGGCAGUGUUGAAAGUGCCCUCAGAGCAGGCAUUGUGAGCAUGGCCGGUGUCCAGCUGGGAUGAGGACCUGGAGGUGUGGGCUUCCCUGACCAGCCUCAACCAUCCCCAUCCUCUCUGCUCCUCCUCCCUCUGUGCCCCUUGGUCCCGAUGAAAAUCAAAGCCAUUUAAAGUGGGUAGCACAGUGCCUGGUACAGUGCAGACCCUCAAUAAACAUUUGCUAAACAGAUGAAAGAAUGAAGCCCAAUGCAAGUGCUGUCUUUUGUGCUUUGAGAUCUAGGGAGGUGGCUCAGGACAAACCCCACAGGACAGAUGUGUGGCUCAGAUUUACUGGUUGUCGAGCCCAGAUUUUGUCAUUCUCUGUGCUGGCUCCCAUGGGACAGCUGGGGCUGUCACAGGGCGGGGGGGAGGGAUUGCUCAGCUGGCCUCUUCCUACUUGCCCUUCUCUGAACUCACCAUCCCACAGGUCAUCCUCAGCAUUUCUCCCCUGUCAGCAUCAGGGGCUCUUGUCCCCUGGCUCUGGGUUGUGCCAGAACCCUGUGCUCAUUUCAUUUCUCAGACAUGGGGUGGGAAGGCACGUUCUUUGCAUCUUGUCUGUUCUGCACCCACUGGAAAGUGAGCCUCCUUCACUCAGUAGUUGCUGCAGAAUUCCAUCUUCUGAUUCGCUUCCCAUGGUUCCCUGCUCUCCCCUGAGCCGAUCACUGGGGCCAGGGAGACACGGCUGUCAUCGGCCAGGCUUGUCCCGGAAGCCUGGGCAUGGGGUCCGCCCAGCUAGUGAGCUGGCGCUGAGAGGGACAGAGGGAGGUUCUCCAGGGAAAGUCAGGUGCUGUUUCCAGAGGUACAGGUGCCAGGCAGCCUAAAACAACAGACAUCCUUGUGACAUGGCCUUCACCAACUUCGGUAACUCACUUCAUUGCCUGACAUCAGCUUGGGGUCACAUGGCCCUGGAUUUCAACCCUCAGCAGGUUGCAUCUGAGCGCUGUCAUCUUGGACAAGCCACUUAAACGCUGUGAACCACAGUCCCUCUCCUGUGAAAUGGUGGGGAUGGCAGGCAGCGCCCCCUGCGAAGCUCCGCGCCCAGGACUGCAGUGUGGCAGGCUCUCGUGACUCUGCUACCAUUGGCCCCCAACGUGCAGCCAGGCUAAUUUUCGAGUCCUUGUGGGGAAAUGCAUGCUGGGCGUGACCCGAGAGGAUGUCGUGCCAUUUCCGUUCAUCCUUGCAGCCACUCUGCUACCGGACACUGACAGUCUCCAUGGCCAGACAGUAGAACUGACGUUCUGAAGAAUGCAUUCCAGCCAGGAGGUGGCGGCAUCUGUCUGACCUGGGUCCUGCUCUCUGUCCACCAUUGGGAGCCUCUGUUCCCAAAACCCUCCUGGCGACAGACUUGGGGUUUAUGUACAGUCGUCUCACACAGAAGCGCAUGCACCCAUUCUGUGGUCGGCACUAUUUAUUAGGAGUGUGUAACCAGUGCACUUGUGCUCUGAAAUCCCUGCACUGGAGCCCACUCAGUGCCCCCAAGCUGCCAGGUGCCUGAAAUUGCCUCUCCCUCGCAUCUCCCUGGGUUCCUGCUCACACUUCCUCCCUCUCCCUUUGCUCCCCUUUCUGCCCUCGGAGCAGGGUGCCGUGUGCCGUGUGCGCAGGGCACUGUGGUACACGGGAUCAUGUUCCCCGUGGCUGGCAGUGGCUGGGUCCUGUCGGGGCUGCUCUUGUCCUACAGACAGUGGUGGCUAGAGUCUGGCAGUCAUUUCUCAUUCAGUGACAACACUUCUGCUGGUCCUGCCUUGGAGACAAAUGUCCAGGGAGGCUCUCUCCUUCCCAGGACUGUUCCUGGUAGAGGCCCCAGGCACUGGCCAUACAUCACACUUCUGCUCCCUGUCCCAGUCCCACAUGUGUUCUAGACCCACCUCUGUCCUAACCUGUCAGACACGCCCCUCUCUGCCCACCUUUCCCACUCAGUGGGUGCCUCAGUCCAGGUUCUGAUGUCCUUUAGCCACAAGAGACUCUGGGGCCUGAGAUCUUUAUGGGCGAGUUCAGCCGCCCGGUGUGUCAUGGAUCUGAAGCUCGGUAACUCGUAGGAAUGAUCAGCCCAUUUGCUGGGGGCAUUCUUUGUUUUUUCGGGCGAAGGUGAAGGAUGCAGCUGCUGGUUACUGCCUGGAAGGUCCAGGACCUUUGGCUUGGGGGACACUGAUACCAGGCCAUCCACCUGCUCUGUGAUCCCAGCUUUGGGUCUAGCCUGGGGGACAGAAUGCUUGUCUGCUCAGAGCCCACAUUUUCUCUGAGGUCCCCAUCUGCCUGAACUCCAUUUGUCUUCCAGGCUCUGUGGUCAGAUCUGCCCCCCCAAGUGGUGUGGGGUCCACAGCGUCUCUGAGCCCCGCAGCAACACUCAGUUCUGCUCUGGCUGUUUCACAGCCGUAUGGCCCUCACAUCUGGCUUUAUAGGGGACAGUUUGUAGCGACAUAGCUUGGGAAACACCAAGUUAAAAGGUUUCUUCCCUGCAGUACUUCUUAAUGCCUUUGACAUGUUGUGUGCUGUAGUCCCACGCCUGUCAGCUUCUUCAGUAGAUCACUAGUUAGUGCCUCACAAAAGUUCCUGAGAUGCCAAAGAAACCCUUUCCUACUGGGCCCCGUCCUGUUCACAUGUGUGACAGGGAUCUGGAGGAAACCCCGUGUGACUGCAGGGCUAGUUCUUCUGAAACCUGGACAGACACUUGCUGUGUGCUGGCCAGAGUGGGGGCGCUGGGGCCAGGAUGUCCUUGUAGGCGACACGAGGUUGGGACACAUGCAAUGUGUACCCAGGAGAUGUGAUGGGGGAUCGGGAAGGGGCUGCAGACGAGGGGGUGUAGGGACGUUUGUAGCACGUCAAGGUUGGAGCCGUCAGCAGGGGUGGGCGCUGUGACUGGCGUGGGUGGAGCUUACAAGCCUGUGUCUAAUUCUGUGCUCCUGUUCAGGCUUAUCUCCCUAAACGAGGUUCCCACACAACAGAGGCCCCAGGCCUUUGCCUGUCCUGUUUCAGCGCUGCCCCAGAGCCCCGAGGCAGAGGCCAGGCCAGAGAGUGGACGUGUUCUGGCCUGUUGACACCAACGGCCCACAAGUAGUCAAGCCUGGGAGUCACGUUAUUUUUGUUUGGUGUCAUUUUUUCAGUGCAUCUGUGUUCUUGGCUUUGUGUUAGGUACCACGAGUUCAGGGAAGCUGCGAGGAAGUGGGAUGCAAGGUCCUGGGUGAGACCUUGGAUUCACAGGUGGCUGGGGCCAAGGAGCAGGGCUGGGUUACUGCUGGCAGCUGGGCACUGUCAGCCACGAGGCUGAAAUCAUGGGGAUGCCGAUGGUGGCUGCAGGUCCCUGGUAGGGGGAGGACUGGGGGGAGGAAGAGCAUGUUUGGAGACCCAGACUGGCCAGGCCACCCAUGUGGGCACAUUGGCUGUAGCACAGAUGGGGGAGAAAGUGCCAACUAAGAGGGCAGCUUGGGAAACCUGAGUAGGGAGGGAGGGUAGUGGGAAGGGCACCGUAAAAGGCAACAGGUCAGCAAGGGGUCCUGCUGGCAGCCUGGCCAGACCUCACUGGCUGAGGUGUCACAAGGCAGGACAGUACAAGAUCCAGACGCUGGAAGAGAUGCUGGGAGCCUGGCUGAGCUGCCUGGAGGAGGGGUGCCAGGGCGUCAGGGCGAUGGGACUGUGUGUAACAGGGUGGCAGGCUGGCAGGUGCUGUGGCGUGGGAGCCUGGCUGGGGGGCAGUCAGACAGCUGAGAGGGAUGAUGGACAGUGAUGGGUGUGCAGACAUGGCUGGGACUCCUGCCCUUGGGACAAUGUGGGCAGUUCCCUGUCCCCAACAGGUAGGGAAGGAGGAGCAGACACCUGGGCGGUGGUACCCCAGCCACUCCUGCUGUGCCCUGGACCAUUCCCUAGGCUCCUCUAGGCCUCCUGCCUCCAACACGAUCUGGGUUCCUUAGGCAUGUGCUGGCCCUCUCCCUCCACUCCAGCUUGGUGGCACAUGGCCCUUCAGUCCCUCACUCGUAGCACCUCCUGGCACCAGCCUGUCUCUGGCCGGUGCCCACCUCCCUGAACCCAGCACCUCUCCAAGGGAGUCUCCCCAGGUACUCUGGAGCCCGCCCACCCUCACCCCAGGCCUCCGACUCACCUGUCAGGCAGGAGGGCUCCAGCACUGCCUGCACAGACCAUCUUUGCAGCUUGGCUGUGAUCCUGUCAAGUCAUCAUUACACUUCUGUCCCAGGCUAGGGUUGCUGUGUGAGGGCCCUGGUGGGGGUGCCAGUGUUGGGCCCAAUCCCACAGGCCACUUAGCAGCUUCCCAGCACUGCCCCCUCCCUAGUGUCACUACCCCUGGCACCCCCCCCUCCUUGCAGUGCCCCCUUGGACAUUCUUUUUGCCUCUGCCACUCCACGGUGCCAUGGAGAUCAGGUUUGGUCAGGCAGGGGCUUCUUCUGGUUGGUGUCUGUUCCUGGGCCCACCCCAGGUGUCCUUGGAGCUCCUCUCUGCUGGGGUGGAGGGCAUGGUCUGGCCUCUUCAAGAGGCUCUGCUCUGGGUCGAAUGAGUUGGGAGGAGACGGUAAAGAGGCUGAGGAGAGAGGGCCAGUGGAAGGAGGGACAGAACUGGGUCUCCAGGGAGAGGCUGCCCUGCUCAGGUGGGAGAUGAAAAGACAAAACCUGCUUUAAGGGGAGGUCAGAUGCUGAGAACACCCCAUGCUGUGGGAUGGGUGCCAGUUCAGGACGGCACAAGAUGGGUGGGGGUGCCCUGAGGGGAUUCCUUAGCCAGGCAGAGGCAGGUGGGAUGGGAGCAGAGUGGAGUGUGAGGGGACACGAGACAUCAGGUACCAGAAGCCUGCUGAGCACUUGCUGCACUCAGGGUUGGAGCCUGGCUGGGGGUGGUCACCCACCUGUGGGUGGGACUCUGUGGUCUGUACCUCACAAACCAGAGAACAGGUCUCAGGCAAACCAGGAGCCAGCCAGAUCUGCCCCAGUCUGGCCUCCUCCCAUACCCCCAGCAGCUUCAGAUUUGCCCCCUCCCCCCAUCACACCCGGGCCCACUGCACUGGAGUUCCUCCCUCACUGGUUGUCCGGCCAGGGGUCCCUGCCCCUGGCUGCCCUGACUGUGGUCGUGACUGUGGGCCGCGUGCCUGCUGUGUGGGCCGGGCUGCUAACACUCUCUCUCAUUGCUCUCUCCUGCCCAUCUGCAUGUGGCUGCUCUGUCUAGCUGCGCGGUGGUCCUGAGCGCCGGCUGUGUAAGUGAGCAUGCUCAUCCCAUGCCUCUGUCCAUGCGCUGCACCUGGCCGCCGGGUCUCCGCUCUGCUCGGCUUCGCGGGGCUGCGGGGCCCCUGGCAGCCUCCUGAGGCUUCUGGCCACACUAGGGGAUGGAAGGGGGGUGUCAUGGGAGGGGUUUUUUUCUGGAGGAGUCCCCCAGCAGGCCUCCCGACAUGGCCACGCUGGCGAGGGACUGGAGGGUC